CGAGGUUUAUAAGCGGGAAUGUUUUCAGGGGAACAUAUUUUGACGUCGGACCGAUGAGUAGCCAAGUGCACACUGCUGUAGGGAUUCUACGAUGGACGUGGAAGACCUGCUUACCAAAGUUUGCCCCUGUGAAAGAACUGACCAGGGCACCAUUAUUUCUCCUUCAUCGACCAUUCUGUUCAUCGCAGCUGGUUCCACCCCUGCCCACUCCUGCUCAGACCAUCCAACCAGGCAGGAGAGAGCUAACCAUACAGUCUUUGGCUGAAAUGGGUUUCUCUGAGAGCCAGGCCCAGUUGGUGUAUGAAGCAGCAAAUAAAAACCGCUGCAAGCAUGACGUGCCAGUGUUAAGUGUCCUCUUCAGCCUGGGCUUAAACCCAGACAGUGUGCUGAAGAUCCUGGAGAAAUGUCCUGAGCUGUAUUCUCUUAAAGAAGCUCAGUUGCAACAGCGGGCUUUGAAUCUAAGGAAGCUUGGCCUGCUUGAAGGCAGUUUGCAGAGAGUGAUAAGCCACUACCCAAAGAUACUGUCAUUUCCAGUGAAGAGGGUGAACGCUGUGUCUCGGCUCCUGAGAGAGAAGUGCCAGUUCACGGCUCAGCAGCUGGCAGACAUACUCCGAGACUCACCACAUGUAGUGGAAGAAGAUCCUGCACGUCUGGAGUACAUGUUUCAGUACGUAUAUUUCCGUAUGGGCUGUCGCCAGGCUGAGAUGGUGAAAGCAAAGCUCUUCAGACUCUCCCUGGAGGAGCUGCGGUGUCGUCACAGCUUUCUGGAGCGCCGCGGACUGUUCCAAACCCCUGACAAGAAGGGCCAGACACUUAUACUCAACCCUCGCCUCAAAGACUUUCUCAGCGUCUCCCAGGAACUUUUUCUCGCCAAUAUCGCCAAUGCUACACAGGAAGAGUUUGAUGUGUUUCAGAAACUUGUGGCAAGAGAGCAGGAGGAAGAUGAGCAAGGUGAAGAGUACAGCAGUGAUAGUGAUGAUGGUGAUGAUGAUGGUGAUGAUGAGGCCACUGAGAGACACAAUUCUUUCAACUCUAAGAAGAAGAAAAAUCAGAGAGCAACGAAGCCACAUAGAAACUAAUCUCCAGUGCAGCUUCCUAUUGAUGCUUCUUGUAAUAUACCAUAUUAACAUCAAAAUAAAUGUCGUUUUAUUGUC